UCUACCUCACCACAGUGUCUUGGAGCAGCAGCACGAUGACUCUGGCAGCGUACAGAGAGAAGAUGCGGGAGCUCCCCCUGGUGUCCCUGUUCUGCUCCUGCAUCCUCCCCGAACCCCGAGAGCCUCCGGCCGACAAGAAGGAAGCCGCCGGCGUGGUCGACCUGAACCUCUGCAACAUCCGGGACAUGGAGGUGAUCGAGCUGAGCAAGCGGGCCAGCGGCCAGGCCUUCGAGGUCAUCCUGAAGCCGCCCACAUUCGACGGCGGCCCCGAGCUGAGGGCCACGACGCCGCCUCGCCAGAAGCCCUCGCUGGAGGAGAUCCAGAAGAAGCUGGACGCCGCUCAGGAGAGGAGGAAGUGCCAGGAGGCGGAGCUGCUGAAGCACCUGGCCGAGCGGCGGGAACACGAGCGCGAAGUCGCUCAGAAAGCUUUGACCAAAGAGCGCCAGGAGCAUCGCGCCGACGCCGACAAGGAGCAGCGGCUGAUGCACCUGAACGCCUCGCAGGAGAAGCUGCAGGAGGAGGAGAAGCACAGCGUGGAGGUGUCUUGAUGGCCUGAUCACAACACAAGCUGAACCCUAUUUGGAAGCCAUUUUGGAGGCUGGUUGAUGUGCCGUGAACCCGGCGCUGCUCCGACUGGGAGACAGGAAGUGACUCUGAAAAGAGAAGAAGAAGAAGAAGAGGAGGACUGAGGGCGAAUCCGAGCGCUCCACCUCCUCGGUUCAACCUGGACUCUUUAUACCAAGACGAACUCUUUAUAUCGAGGACGCUGCAGACUCAGUCGUCAUCAGAUGGGGUGUUACUGUGCUUUGUUGCCAUGCCGACAGUGCCAACGCAUCCGUGUGUGUGUGAUUGUGUUUAUCAACCAAACCGAACCGCAACUGGACCCACAACUCAAAGGAAGCCUGCAAAUAAACCGAGUCCAGACAAACAGCCGACAGACAGCAGGUUGGACUGUCUCGACUCGCCAGGACAGACGGACUCGGUGGCGACUCGGUGACCUGGAUUUACAGUUAAUCACUCUUUGAAUCAUUACACGAACAUGCAGCUCUUUAGAGACAUCUAGUGGCAGCUGUAGGCGCAGCACAAACAGCAAAUGGGACCGAAGUCGAGUUCAAGACGAGUCCGAGUUGAGAUCAAGUCAAGACCAAAAGCAGGCGACAAACAAAUGAACUUGUGUUUUAGGCGAGUUAGUGUCUGAGACUGAGACAAGUCGAGUUAAAGUCAGAGUCAAGUUAGAGUCAAAACACCAACCAGACGAGUCCGAGUUAGAGCUCCAUCAGGAUACUGAACAAGUCCACUGAGAACACCAAACCAGAACAAGUCCAGUCCAAACUCUUCAUUCAGACUGAGACUAAUCUGAAAAACACACCUAUAAGACGAGUCAGAGACAGGGUCGAGUCCGAGUCAAAACACCAUCAAGAUGAGUCCUAGUUAGAACUCCAUGUAGUAGAACACAUAUACCGACCCGACACAAGUCCAAGUCAGAGCAUCAGCAAGACAGAGGAAAUGAAGAGGGCAGGAAUCUGAGUCAGAACACCUCAGAGACCCAAUAAACCAAACAAGUCCGGCUCGAAAUACUCAUAAGACAGUCAGAGAACUAAAAACAGUCAAAACAAGACCAAGAUAAAUCUGAAUAAAAACACCAUGAGACUAGUCCAAAAUAGAGACCAUGUCGAGUUAGAGUCAAAACACCUUUAAGACCCAACAGACACCAAACCAGAACAGGUCGGGUCCAGCUUAGAUCCGGGUCAGAGAACCAAGAAGACCCAAAUGAGUCUAAACACAAAGAACUUCAACAAGUCUGGAUGAAAAUAUAGACGAUACCGAAAUGAGUUAAAACUGAAACACUCGUCAAAGUCAAAACCCCAACCAGAACUCGGACUCGGAAGUCUCUGAUGAAGAUCUCACCAUGAGGUCCGGAUAAAAACACACACAAGUCCGAGUCAAAACACAGAAACCGAGUGCUGGGUUAAACAAAGACCAGUUCAAAUGAAAACUUUUAGGAUGCCUGGUAGUUCAGCAGGUUGGGCGGGCGACCCACUAUCAGGGGCUGUAGACCCCGACGCAGAGUCGUGGGUUCGAGUCCGGCCAUGACCAUUUAGUGCAGGUCCUUCCCCCAGACUUCUCCCCAUAGCUCCUGUCUCUCGCUCCACUUUAAACUAUAACAAAGGCUAAAAAGCCCAAACAAAAAACUAAAACUUUUAAAUGAGACCCUGUAAACGUCCAAAACAAUCAAACUGAGACGAUUAAAACACAGAAAACAUCAAUGCGAGUCACACAAACAACACUCUGCAGCCCAGCGCUCAUGUUUCUGUGUUUGUCUCCCGACUGUCAACGGUGUGCUAACUUUAGCGCUAAUGCUAGCAUUUGAAUUCUGUAUCUCCUUUAUGUGUGACCUGGUUGAGGCUCGACGGCGCACGUUUGUUAGUUAACGACUCAUUCGCUGUGCUAACAAACAGCUAGCCUACUAGCUAGCUAGCUCCUGAGGCUAGCAUUAGCCUGCAGAUAUGAAUGAAUGAGUGUGUGUUCGGUGAUUACAGCUGCACUGUACAGGCUCCGGAUGUGACGAUGACGACGACAAUGUACAGAAAUCACAUUAUAUUUUAAAUCCAACAAUAAAACAACAACACUUUA